AAAAUGGCGGAUGAAGAAUGCUUGAGCAAGAAAACGACGACAAUCACAAAACCGAGGAGUAAAUCAAAAUCCCACUGGAGAAAACCACAGAAUUUACUAAACGUGGGGAACAGAGAAAAAGGUGAGCGUUUUCGAUUCAACAUUUUAGCAUACUCCUCAAUAAUCUAUCCUCCUCACAUGUAUCUUAAAAUCGGCGCGUGUUUCUUGUACUUGUAGGCCAUGCCUUUGUCGAGAAACGAAAGAAGAUGGCACUCAGAGAGUACAAAAAGCUACUAAAGAAAACAAGAAAAGAACAAGAACUGCGCAAAGAAUCAGGUGAAAAAGUUCAGCAAACUAAGCCAACCCUCAGAACUGCAGAAGGGCGCAAUGACUCUGAUACCAUCAGCUGUUCGCGACCACAGGUUUGUGUGUCUCUCUCUCCACUAGUGUUCUUAAGUAUCAUUAACUCAUCGUUCCACGAGCAAUUACGGUUAUAUGUAUUGAUGUGGAAUAUCAAGAUAAAUUAAAAAUACCAUUGCUCAAAGUUAAAAAACUGCUAAAGAUGGGCUGCACUGCCCUUCGCAGAUCAGACAUUUAGACAUUUUUGCACUUAAAACAUGUUUUGAGGUUUUGAGGAUAAAAUUAUAAAGAAAUGAUAAGAAGGGAAACAAAGAUUACUUCGAGUUAGUGGGAGCCUCAAGUUAUUGAGGGUUCGAGUUACAGAGGGUAAAAUUAUGGUUAAGUAUGAAAGAAAUCCAGGGGAAAUCAACUUUGGUUUGAGUUAGUGUGAGGUUCAAGGUAGCGAAGGUUCGAGUUAUCGGGAAUCAACUCAGUGUAUCCAGUGUUCCAGAUAAUAGACGGGUCUUGGGUCAAUGACGCAAAAAAGAAGGUUUCCUGAAUUGACAGAUGAAAUAAUUUAUAAAUGUUAAGUUAUAAAUAUAACAAAAAAAAUUAGCACAUGAUCCCCGACUAGAAAGAAUAAACUGGAAUGCUGUGUAUCGUCAGCCUUUCAGGAAGGUAGACACUAUUGGAGACUGUGAUACUCUAAAAUUUAGUCUUGGUUUUUUGAUUCACCACUUCUCAACCCACUUUUAUAAUAUCACUUUCUGUCCUUACCCACCGUGGAGUCCUCCAUUGUUUGGAACUGGGUAUGGAUACCCCAGCAAGUGCUACAACAGUAUGUGACAAAUAUUGUUGUCCAGGCUACAACAGUAUGUGACAAAUAUUGUUGUCCAGGCCACAACAGUACAUGACAAAUAUUGUGGUCCAGGGUCCAGUCAUUGAAAAGGUGGAUAAUGCUAUCCACCAAAUAAAUUGCUGCCCAGUGGAUAGCCUGAUUUUCAUUGGCUGGAGUGUGAUUUAUUCACUGGAUAGCGAUAUCCAAGAUUUGAACAACCAAGGUGGAAAAUACCAUAAUAUUCUUUAAAAUGGUGUUUCGGUGGUGCUUGAUGUAAACCUCACUUUUAUGGUACAUUAUGUUUUGUUCUUUGCAUUAAGAGAAGCUGAUGCAUUGCACAUGAAAAUCACGUAAAGAAUAAAAGAUAUUUGCCAGAGUCAGGUUUAAGUGAAGCACCACCCAUCAGAAAUUAUUUUAAAGAUAAUUAUGGUAUUUUUUGCUUUGGCAUAUCUAACUUAACUUGAAAAAUUCAGAUUAUUUAUUUAAAGGGGCUAUGUGACCAGGAUGUUUUAGGUCAAUUCUGUGCUGAAUUCAUUACGUAGUACCUUUUAGGCUGCACCCAUACACAAAAUGCUCCUGUAGAGUUAUGAAGAAGUUAUCAAACAAAUUUCGUAAGGGAGGACUAACCAUAAUAUUAUUUUGGUGAUUUUUGCUGGAAUAACUGUUACAGUAAAACUUGGAAGAACAUAAUAGGCCCAAUUUUUUAAAGUUUCAAUCCAUGUCCAUCCUUGCCAUUCAUAACAACAGCAGGCAGUUUCAAGGCCUAAAUUUUGUUCCAAGUAACAAAACUGGAGGACUGUUUUUGGAAUUCAGUUGAUGUGAAGAUGUGUUUAAGGGUUUAAAAGAUAGCAAAUAGUGUGGCAUAGCCUGUUUAAAUCAGUAGGUAUUAUUUCAGUUACAUGUAGACCUCCUUAAACACCAGUGAAAUUCAACUGUGUUGAUGAGUUAUUGAACAAUUUAUAAUGCGUUUUGAUUUUAGUCAUAUAGUGUCAAAGUAAGUUAACUUACCAAAACUCCCUUUCAAUCCCAAGUCAAACACUUAAGGAUGUUAAUUCUUAUCUCCAAGAUUUUGAACUUUCUGUUAAUUCCAACAAAUUUACUUCCCUCCAGAAGGUUUAAAAAAAUCAGGAUUCUGCUACAGUUCUGUUGUAAUUUUGCAGCAAUCAAAAGAACAAACUUUUCAAUGCUAUGAUUCAAUCUAUAAUGUCGUGAUAAUGCUAUUCUGAUAGGAGAUUGCAUAAAGCAGUAUUAAUUAGCAACCUUGAGUUUUAGAGGUGUGUUACAACACAAUUCAAAGAAUCUUGUACUUAUUAUCUCAUUGUGUAUUUCAACUGAAACAGGUCAGGCUUAACAAUCAAGAUUGUUUAGAAAGUUCUUCACAAAGUGUCAGAAAACAACAUAAUCAGAUGUAAGUAAACUUACAAUAUGCCUGUAAAAAAACUAAAGCUUGAAUCCUUGGUGAUUCCCCAUCCAAUGCUUACCUUCCAUGCAUCUACAUCUAAUUUAGGAAUCAGUCAUAUUAAGCUAAACAUAAGUCUCCUUUUACCCGGUAUCACCAUGGGCAUGGGGAAAGGAAAACUAACGGCUGCAAUUGGAGGUUUACUAGUAUAUUAGUUGACAUGAUGGUUCAGUGUUUCAUCCCUACAUUAGCAUUAGAUUGGCAGGAUCUGAAUAGGCCAUCUGACAGUUAAUUACUGUCAGUGAGUGCCAGCAUGGUUGGAGGUGCCCUAGUUUUGAUUAAAACCCCACUGCCUUUUAAAAAUUCAUGUAAAUCAUUUUCAUAUGCAUAUGAAUGCAACUGAGGUUCUUAUCAAAACAAACUGACUAUCAGCCUCGCUUCCACCCAAAGGCUACGUUGCCCAGCUUCAAUAAUGUUAUCGUAGAUUAGGCUAUUAUGAUUACCAUCUUUACUUCUGUGUAUUUGAAAUUCCAAAUUUUUUUAUUUUACUUCUCUUGUUUUUAAUUUGCAUUUUGGCCUUCAGAAAAAAUGGCUGAAAUAGUCUAGUGUACUGACUACAUGUGUUAAAAACUACAGCCCUAGUUUACAUUCAUUUUGUAUUGCUUGUUCUCGUCUUUCUGUUUUGUUAAUAACUCUCUACAUGUACAAACUGUACAUUCUAUCUCUUAGAAAACAAAAACCAGUCAACGUAUUAAUAGCAGCUGAAAGUGAAUUCAAGAAAAGAAAACUUGAAAAGGAAAAGCUAAUCAAGGUUUGUUGUCAUUUUUUUUGGACCUCUGUCGAUUUUUUUCUUCUGUUUGAAAUGCCUGUUUAUAUUUCUCCCCAAGGAAAGGGAAGUGAUGAUACAAAAACACAGGGAGGAGGUUCGAGAGAAAAUGAGGAAGCGCCGUGAAACUUUUGGCCGCUUGAACAAAAAAACGCGUAGAGGACAACCUGUGAUGGCUAAUCAAAUAGAACAUCUACUUGGCAAGAUUCAGAGCAAGUCCUGA